AACGUGAACAGAUUUAGCUUGUUUUUUUCGGGGGGAAAAUUAACAUAAGCUACAUGUACACGUUUUUUGAGUGAUAAUAAUUAUUAAAGUUAUCGGUUUUUGUUAAAUGAACUUUUUAUAUAGCAAAAAUAGACUUUGUUUCACAUUAGCAGCUAAAUAUCCGUGCUUUAACGUCAGCGCAGCAAACCGAAGCAAAGGAGAUACUGGUGAAGAAAAACGUUUGGCAGCCGCAGUGAGGAACAGAAGAGAAGAAGGAGAAGAAAGAAGGAGUGAUACGACAGAGGGAUGGAGGGAGGACGGCGGAGGCUGUGAAAGAGCCGGCGAACAAGAAGUGAUGCACAAGAGCUGCAUCAGCUCUCACACACACAAGGAACAAAACACAUUGUGUUGGUGACUCAGAGCUGUGUGCGACGUGGAGACUCCUCCGGCUGCCGCUCUCCCCCCUCCCCUCCUUCUCUCCUCUCCCUCCCUCCCUCCCUCCUGCUCCUGUGUGUUUGGUUAUGGUCCUAAUAGAGAAGCAGGGCAUCACCCAGAUGCUGCGCUCCGGCUCUUUGCAGGUUAAGAGGCUGUAAACAGCAGCAUGGGAGCCAAACAGAUGAAAUGUCUCAGCUCGGCCAGCCCCGCUCACUCCCCCAAAGACGAGUAUGUCAUCACCCAGUCCACCGAUGCCCCUGAAGAGGAAACGCAAACGCUCCGCGAUCAGGCCGAGACCCGCGGGGAAUCUCGAGAUGACAAAUCGGAGCUGACGGAGAAGAAAUCUGUUGCAGAUGAGAUGCCUAUCUGUGGUUUGUGUCCCUCCCUGGGGCUUGGUGGGCAGGAGGAGGAGGAGAAGUCCUGGGAGGAGCAGCUGGACGCCCACCAGGAGCAGCUGGAGAAAGAGAUGCAGGAGGCCAGGAAGAUGGUGUUCCGCCUUCAGACGCUGCUGCUUCAUGGUUCUCUGCCUGAGGAAGACCAGGAUGGAUCUGUGAGCUUUGAUACUCGAGCUAACACAGAACAACAGCUGGUUCUAAUCCGCAGUCGACUGGACCAAAGCACAGAGGAGGCCCUUGAUCUCAAGAGGGAGCUCCUGAGACACAAACAGGAGGCUCGUCACAUCCAGGCUAUCAAGGACGCUCUGCAGCAGCGUCUGUCGGUGCAGGAGGACGCUGUGCUGCAGCUCAAGCAGGAGCUGCUCAGAUCUAACAUGGCCAAAGAUCAGCUGGAGGGAGAAAAUGCCGAACUCAAGCACAAGCUGAGUGAACAGAACAAAUUACUCAGUGAAUACGAGCAGCUCGAGAGGAAGGAGCGGAUUCUGCAGCAGCAGCAGCACAAACACGAGGAGGCUCAGCACAAAGCACACGAGCUCAGUCUCACACGGUCCUUCAGGAGUGAAAGUGGUGGAUACACUCAUAACUCAACGUUGUUCAAACACAGUGCACCGGGUGAAGAGCUGCAGUUGGUGCGCGAGGCCCUGCGCAGUCUGAGGGACAAUUUUUCAGGCCACGACCCCCAGCAUCACACUCUGGACACUCUGGAGCAGGGAGUGUCCAGCCUGGUGGACAGAUUACACUCUCUGGACACGCAGCGCAGACAGGACAGAGGGGAGGAAUUCAAAUCGCCAGGACGCCGAGCCAACUCGACAGACCGUGACUCGUGGCCGCCGAGCUCGAAAAUGGCACAUUCACACAGCACGCCGGGCCUGGACAGUGCCGUGUCCACCAAAGUGCUCUACUUCACUGACCGCUCGCUCACGCCGUUCCUCAUUAACAUCCCAAAAAGGCUGGGUGAAGUGACACUGCGAGACUUCAAGGCAGCAGUAGACAGACAGGGCAGCUUCAGGUACCACUUCAAGGCGCUCGACCCGGAGUUUGGCACCGUGAAAGAGGAGGUGUUCCAUGACGGCACGGUCGUGCCCGGCUGGGAGGGGAAGAUCGUGGCGUGGGUGGAGGAAGACCACGGUGAAAGGAGGUAGAGCCACGCCCAGAAAAAUAACAAAACAAAAGAUCACCACGACAAACCUCAGUUGUUCUUCACUGGACCACAGUUUCACAGAAACACCAACGAUGCCAAACUGAUAAAUAUUAACUGGGACCAAUGUAUCUGAGCGGGCUACAACUCAUGAUUCUUCUCAUAAUCGAUUCUUUUUCUUUUCUGUUUGGUCCAGAAAAUGUCAGAAAAAUCUUUAUUUGUGUUUCCCAAACCUCGUAAUGAUUCAAAAUUCAUCAGUCUAAUGAUUUAUUUUGUUGUUUGGAGCAAAGAAAAAUCAAAAAGCACUAAAAAAUAACACUCAAACUGACAAAUUAGUAGAUAAGUAAUCCAUUAUUAGCGGAUUCAUCGUUGCAGCCCAAGUAUUUGAUGCAGUUUAAGGUUAAAAACCAUGUUUUAAACGUGAAUGUUUCAUAUGAAGAUCUCUUUUAUUCACAUAACAGACAGUAAUUAAUUAAUAUAUGGAGGAUGACCAGUUCAUGGCCAGGAAUGUUACUUGAAAUGUGAUUUACAAUAAAUAAUAAUAUGUAAUAAACCUAAAAAAAUUAAGAAGCUGUAAUCCAGAGUAUUCAAACCUUUUAAUAAAAGCGUCGGCUGACAUUUUUUUCACACGUUCCAGAUUGCCAAAUAGCGACGAGGACAAUGAUGACGAUGAUGUUGUUGUUCCGCGUCCAUUCUGGUGUUUUAAUAAACAUGAAUCACAGCACAGA